AUGGAUGCAGAACCUUAUGCGAGGUGCACGUAUAUGUUUGAGACAAUCAUGUUCGUUCUUGAUAUGAAGCAUACGUUUAAUGAUAUUGUGAGGGAGGUCUCUAUGGGUUUUAAUAAUUUGAAUCUUGGUUCAUUCUACUUGAGGUAUUCUUUCCCUGGAUAUAAAAGCUGUGUGUUAUCAAGUGAUAUGGAUGUGAAAUUGAUGUUUAGGUGUAUGUUUGAUUUUAAAUUGAAUUCUGUUGAUAUUUUGGUGAGGGAUUCUAAUGGGAGCACCAUUUUGGUGCCUUAUUGUGGUGGGAGUAGUAGUUUUACUUCUGCAACAACAUCUUUGGAUGAUUUUUCAUGUGCUUCUUCAUGUUUGUCAGUGGGUUCAAGCAAUAUUAUUGAUGCAAGUGAAUACUUGGGGUGUUAUAGGCCAGAGGCUCCAAAGAGUUAUCUCACUCAUGAGUGGCAGGGCUUUAUAAGGCAUGAGGAUCAAAAGUUCGAAGGGGGAGUGUUAGAAUUUAGGGAAAAGUUGACCAAGUUUGCUAUUGAAACUGGUUUUCUUUUCAAGUACACACGGAAUACCUCAAGUCGUGUUAUUGCAGAGUGUGCUAAGAGAUAUUCUGAUGGUUGUCAAUGGUCUAUUCGCGCUUUGAAGAACAAGGUGAAUGGCUUUUUCUACAUAAAGAAGUUGAAUAAUGUUCACACAUGCAAAGGAGUUCUUAGGCAGCAAAAGAGUAAGCUUUUGGGGUCUCAUGUUGUGAAAUCGGAGAUUGCUAAUGAGUUGAAGUCCAAUCCUCAACUCAAGCCUAAAGAGAUUGUGUCUCGUUUCAAGCAUUCUUUUGGUUUAGAUGUGUCUUAUAGGAAUGCUUGGUAUGGGAAGGAGUUGGCUAGAAAAGCUGUCUAUGGUCAUGAUGGUGACUCAUAUUCUCAGCUGCUUUGGCAUCGUGAUGCUAUUUUAUCUAGUAAUCCGGGCUCUUAUUGCAUAUUGGAAACUGAUCCUUUAAGUAAUCGUUUCGAACGUUUCUUCAUUUGUUUUUCUGGUUGCAUUGAGGGUUUUAAGUCAUGCAUUCCGCUUCUGUUCGUGGAUGCGGCUCAUUUGAAGAGUAAGUAUAAGGGAUACAUGCUCUGUGCUACUGGAAAGAAUGGAAACCAAGUUGUAGAUUCUGAAAAUCAUACGAAUUGGGAUUGGUUUUUUGAACAUCUAUAUAACAUCUUGUCUCCACAAGGUAGAAAUGUGACUUUUGUUACUGAUCGACACAGCGGACUGUUGAAUGCUGUUUCCAGGGUAUUUCCAGAUUCUCCUCAUUCAUACUGCUACUACCACCUUAAGGAGAAUGUUAGAGGUGUGUACCGAAAGCAAUCUGGAAAUUAUUUUGUUGACAAGAUUGUGGAGGAAUUUAUGAAAGUUGCUUAUUCACCUACAUUAGCAAGCUAUAACUUCAACUUGCACAACUUGAAGAAAGAAGGUGGUCCGCUUAUUGAAGAGUUUCUGCGAUCUUUGCCGUUGGAAAAGUGGUGCAAUGCAUUUUUCAAAGGAAACAGGUAUGGUGAAAUGGCAAAUAGUGUUGCUGAGUCAUUUAACAAUUGGACUAGAGAUUUGCGUGAGCUUCCUAUAUUUGAGAUGUUUGAAGGCUUAAGGGUUAAGGUUAUGGAGAAUGUGUCUGAGAGGAAGGUUGCAUGCAAGAGGUGGACCACUAUUUUGUGUCCUCCAAUGGAGGCUUUGUUGAAGAAAUCAAUGGAUAUUGGGCGGCAUUAG